AUGGCGGGGCGGCAGUCCCUGCCGUUGGACGCCCGCCGCCACCAUCCUGUGAGGAGGGGGCCCCAGCCCUGGCACACAGCUCUGCCCAGUAGACUGGUACCUGCCCUUGCCAGCCAGGAGGGCCCCCGGCCCGCCAACAGCCCCAGACCGCCUCGCUGCGGUGUGCCUGACCCACCAGAUGAGCCGAGCGCCCGCAACCGCCAAAAGCGAUUUGUGCUGUCGGGCGGGCGCUGGGAGAAGACUGACCUCACCUACAGGAUCCUCCGGUUCCCAUGGCAGCUGGUGCAGGGGCAGGUGCGGCAGACGGUGGCGGAGGCCCUGCAGGUGUGGAGCGAGGUCACGCCGCUCACCUUCACCGAGGUGCACGAGGGGCGCGCAGACAUCAUGAUCGACUUCACCAGAUAUUGGCACGGGGACAACCUGCCGUUUGAUGGGCCUGGGGGCAUCCUGGCCCACGCCUUCUUCCCCAAGACCCACCGCGAAGGAGAUGUCCACUUUGACUAUGACGAGACCUGGACAGUUGGGGACAACCAGGGCACGGACCUCCUGCAGGUGGCAGCCCACGAGUUUGGCCACGUGCUGGGGCUGCAGCAUACGAUGACAGCCAAAGCCCUCAUGUCACCUUUCUAUACCUUCCGCUACCCGCUGAGCCUCGGCGCAGAUGACCGCAGGGGUAUCCAGCACCUGUACGGCCGACGCCUUUCCGCACCCACCCCCGGCGCCCCUGCCCCGCGGGCUGGCAUGGACACCAAUGAGAUCGCCCCACUAGAGCCGGAAGCCCCUCCAGAUGCCUGUGAGACUUCCUUCGACGCAGUAUCCACCAUCCGGGGAGAGCUCUUCUUCUUCAGAGGGGCUUUCGUGUGGCGGCUUCGCGGGGGCCAGCUGCAGCCUGGCUACCCUGCGCUGGCCUCUCGCCACUGGCAGGGGUUGCCCAGCCCUGUGGACGCUGCCUUCGAGGAUCCCCGGGGCUACAUCUGGUUCUUCCAAGGUGCUCAGUACUGGGUAUACGAUGGGGAGAAGCCAGUCCUGGGCCCCGCACCCCUCUCCGAGCUGGGCCUGCUGGGUUCCCCAGUUCACGCUGCCUUGGUCUGGGGCCCCAAGAAGAAUAAGGUCUACUUUUUCCGGGAUGGCGACUAUUGGCGUUUCCACCCCAGCAACAGCCGCGUGGACAGCCCCGUGCCCCGCCGGGCCACCGACUGGCGCGGGGUGCCCCUGGAGAUUGACGCAGCCUUCCAGGACGCUGAUGAGUUCCAGUCCCGCCUGGGACUGUUUGAAGCCACCGCCCGAAUCAGGCCGUCAAUUGCUAGUUCGGCCCGUUGCAAGCUCUUCUUUGCACCAGGACUUGGGAAGCAGCCUGAGAAGAGAAUCCGGUCGCGGCUCCUCUAA